AUGGAUAGUGAUGAUGAUGGUGAUCAACAUGUCGACGAAGAAUUAUACUUUCAAUUGAUGGUUCAAGAGAAGGUGCACCUCGGUGACGGAAUUACAUCUACCGUGAUCGUGAAGAAAGACAUGAAGAGUUUUGGAACGAUUAUCUCUCUGAGACUCCUCGAUUUCCUGAAUCAUUUUUUCGGCAGAGAUUUCACAUGCGUCGUGAGCGUCGACGAAGUCAUAAAGAUUGGGGGCACAACAUCUCGGAGGGCAACGUUGGAGUUAUGUAAUUCAAUCAUUGACCUUUAUAAAGAGCAAUAUUUACGUGAUCCAACUACUGAGGAUCUUGCGCGUCUCUUAUCCGAAAACAAAUUGCGUGGGUUUCUCGGGAUGAUUGACUCGUUAGACUGUAUGCAUUGGCGAUGGGAUGCAUGUCCCAUUGCUUGGCGCGGCCAGUACAAUGGACGUUAUGGGUACCCAACGUUAAUAUUGGAGGCUGCUACAUCUCAGGAUCUAUGGAUAUGGCAUGCAUUUUUCGGGAUGCUAGGCACAAAUAAUAAUGUAACCGUUUUGGAUCAUUCGCUGUUAUUCAACAAAUACAUGGACGGCACGGCACCACCAGUUGAGUACGAGGUAAACGGGACAUUGUAUAAUUUGCCAUAUUAUCUGACGGACGGAAUAUAUCCUAAGCAUGCCUUCUUUAUGCAAGCAGUCAGAAAUCCAAUUACUGCUAAGGAAAAAGCGUUUAUAAUUUCGCAAGAGGCUUGUCGGAAAGAUAUCGAGAGGGCAUUUGGAGUACUCAAACAAAAAUGGCGAAUUUUGUAG